GGGCGCUCGCCUCCGUCCCGGCCGGGCUCGGGCCACAGGUCCGACCGGGCGAUCCGGACGCAGCCCAAGCAGUCGGCCCUGGUUGUGGAUGACCUGAAGGGCCCUUUGAAAGAGGACCUGACGCAGCACAAGUUCAUCUGCGAACAGUGUGGGAAGUGCAAGUGCGGGGAGUGCACGGCCCCGAGGGCCCUCCCGUCCUGCUUGGCCUGCAACCGGCAGUGCCUGUGCUCGGCGGAGGGCAUGGUGGAGUACAGCACCUGCAUGUGCUUGGUCAAAGGGAUCUUCUACCACUGUUCCAACGACGAUGAAGGGGACUCUUACGCGGAUAAUCCCUGCUCCUGCUCCCAGUCACACUGCUGUUCUAGGUACCUGUGCAUGGGAGCCCUGUCCUUGUUCCUGCCGUGCUUGCUCUGCUACCCCCCUGCGAAAGGAUGCCUCAAGCUCUGCCGAGGGUGUUACGACCGCGUCAAUCGUCCGGGCUGCCGGUGCAAGAACUCCAACACGGUCUAUUGUAAACUGGAGAGCUGCCCCUCCCGGGGUCAGGGCAAGCCCUCAUGA